CUUCACGCCCCGCGCGGCGUCAUGUCCGCGUCAUUACGCACAGUGCGUCAUUUCCGCUUCCUGUAAAAGGUCGGUGUGACCGGCCCCGAGUUCCUAGUCAGUGCGCUGCCAUGUUGUCCCUGGCUGCCCGCUCCGGCUCCCUGGCCCCCUAUCUCUCGGCCACCUCGUACACCGUGGCCGGGCCGCUAAAGCCGCUGGUGUCCGGCUCUGUGCUGCUCGCAGACAAGGCCCUGCUGGAUGUGAAGAGACCCUUCCUCAGCCGGGAAUCAUUGAGCGGCCAAGCACCCAGCGGAGGGCUCUCUGCCACGGCCAGCAUCAACGGUGAGCUCCCUGGGGAGGGGAGGGGGUACACAGAGAGAGAGAGGGAAGGCUGAGUGUGGGGGGGGUACACAGAGAGAGAGGGAAGGCUGAAGUGUGAAGCACACAGAGAGAAGGCUGGGUGGGUACACACAGAGAGAGGGAAGGCUGAGUGUGGGGGGUACACACAGAGAGGAGGGGUGAGGGGAGUACACACAGAGAGGGAAGGCUGAGUGUGGGGGUACACACAGAGAGGGAAAGGCUGAGUGUGAAGGGGUACACACACAGAGAGGAAGGCUGAGUGUGGGGGUACACACAGAGAGAGGAAGGCUGAGUGUGGGGGUACACACAGAGAGGAAGGCUGAGUGUGGGGGAGUACACACAGAGGAAGGCUGAGGUGUGGGGAGGUACACAGAAGGGAAAGAGCUGAGUGUGGGGUACACACAGAGAAGGAAGGCUGAGUGUGGGGGUACACACAGAGAAGGAAGGCUGAGGUACACACAGAGAGAGAGAGAGAGAGAAGGCUGAGUGUGGGGGUACACACAGAGAAGGAAGGCUGAGUGUGGGGGUACACACAGAGAAGGAAGGCUGAGUGUGGGGAGUACACACAGGAGAGAGGAAGGCUGAGUGUGGGGAUACACACAGAAGGAAGGCUGAGUGUGGGGAGUACACACAGAGAGGAAGCUGAAGUGUGGGGUACACACAGAGGAAGGCUGAAGUGUGGGGUACACACAGAGAGGGGAAGGCUGAGGUGGCAGAGAGAAGGCUACACACAGAGGGAAGGCUGAGUGUGGGGGGUACACACAGAGAGGGAAGGCUGAUUGUGGGGGGCUACACACAGAGAGAGAGGCUGACUACACAGAGAGGAAGGCUGAGGAGGCUACACAGAGGGAAGAAGUGUGGGGGUACACACAGAGAGGGAAAGGCUGAGUGUGGGGUGGGGGUACACACACAGAGGGAAGGUGUACUGCCACUACACUGAGGGAAAAAUAAUUUACUGUAAGUAAAAUAUUUUAAUUGUCUUCCCCGUUCUCUACACAGCCACAUCUUGUGUUCGCUAUGCCCACAGUGAUAUUACUGUCCCAGACUUUUCAGACUACCGGCGGUCAGAUGUAUUGGACAGCACAAAGUCAUCCCAACCCAGCAGCGAUACCAGGAAGACCUUUUCUUACCUGGUCACUGGAGUCACAACUGUCGCUACGGCCUACGUUGCAAAGAAUGCCGUUUCUCAGUUUGUCAGCAGUAUGAGUGCGUCUGCAGAUGUGCUGGCCAUGUCGAAGAUUGAAAUAAAGCUUGGUGACAUACCAGAGGGCAAGAACGUGACUUUCAAGUGGAGGGGAAAGCCCUUGUUUGUCCGUCACAGAACGCAGGCCGAAAUCGAUCAAGAAGCCAAAGUCAGCUUGAGUGAUCUGAGGGACCCUCAGCACGAUCUUGACAGAGUAAAGAAGCCACAGUGGGCCAUCUUGAUUGGAGUGUGUACUCACCUUGGGUGUGUUCCUAUUUCCAAUGCUGGCGAAUAUGGUGGUUAUUAUUGCCCAUGCCACGGAUCACAUUACGAUGCCUCUGGUAGAAUUCGCAAAGGUCCUGCCCCGUUAAAUCUUGAAGUCCCAGAAUAUGAAUUUCCUUCUGAUGAUAUUGUAAUAGUUGGGUAGACUUUGAAAUUCCAUUAAAUUAUAUAAGCAAGUGAUUUCCUUUUGCUCAUGUCACCAUUAAGGAUAAGUGUCAUUAUCUCUCUGCUAAGAUGCUUUUAAAAUAAAAAUCACUUGGUGUUUAACAUUUUAAUAAACCAUCCCACUGAAGGUUAAUAUUUGUUUGAUUUGUGCUUUAUGUAUUGAUGAAAACAGUGGGCCCAUUCUGUGCAUCUUAAUAUGCAAUUUAAUGUUUUUAAAUAGGUGUUGUAAAAUCAGAAGCCUGUACAGAGAAAAAUAUUAAAUUCUAAUUUUCAAUUAUAUUUGGUUGCUCUUACCAUUUCUGAUCCAGGGUGGUUUCACAGUCAAUGUCUCAACAAAUGCUCAAUAAAAUCUCCAAAUCACAUGAUUUGGUUGUAAUUGUUGGGAGUUUUCCAUAAAAGUAACUUUACAACCAAGGUUUUAUUUGAGGUAUCUAGAGAGCAGUGUUCUCUUUGUAGGCCUGUGAAAAGUGUAGAGCCCAUGGGGUAUUAU